AUGGCUCUGUGGCUGCUCGCCUUGGUCCUCGGGGCCACCGGCCACAGCUGCCCCGAGAGAGGAUGCAGGGCUCAGCAGCAUGGGCCAACCUUGUUGCAGCUCCAGGCGCGCGAAGCGCGUGCAGAGGCCCAGCAGGCCAAAUUGGUGCGCACCAGUCGUACUCAUGAUUUCCUUCUGCUGGAAAACAACGAGGGCAACUGCUUGGAAGCCUCCAACGCUGGGUACAACGGUGUCCGCCCGACCAUGCAGGCUUGCGAUUCUGACAACUUCCUGCAGAACUGGGAAUACGAUAACGAGACAGGCCUGCUGAGACAUGCGGGUGGCAAAUGCCUGGAUGCCUCGCAAAGGAGUAUUCUUGCGGGGCUCAUCCACCUCUGGACAUGCGAUGCCAGCAAUGAGAACCAAAUGUGGGAUUGGGAUCCGGAUACCGGAAGGGUCAAGAAUCGCUAUGGUAUCUGCAUGGAUGCUCCAUCUCCGUUGUCUGAGG